CAAUAUCUUUUCUUCUUAAUUUCUUCCUUUCUACUUCUAAUAAUUUCUUUGUCAUGGCUAACAUAUCUUUUUUACUAGUUCUAAUUAUAGUCCCUUUUGUUCUAAUUGGAAUGAGCUCAGCUCAAUUGAUUUCCAAUUUCUACAAUUCAUCAUGCCCAAAUGUUCUCUCCAUAAUCAAAACAGCUGUGAAUUCUGCUAUCGCUACGGAGUCUCGUAUGGGGGCUUCCUUGCUUCGUCUUCAUUUCCACGAUUGCUUUGUUAAUGGUUGCGAUGCAUCUGUGCUAUUAGAUGAUACAUCAAGUUUCACCGGAGAGAAAACUGCUAAUCCAAAUAGUGGAUCCAUAAGGGGAUUCGAUGUGAUUGAUACUAUUAAAACUCAAGUCGAAUCAUCAUGUGCCGGUAUCGUAUCUUGUGCUGAUAUUUUAGCUGUCGCAGCUAGAGACUCUGUUGUUAAACUUGGUGGACCUAGUUGGACUGUAUUACUUGGAAGAAGAGACUCAACCACUGCAAGUUUGAGUACUGCAAAUAGUGACAUUCCUGCGCCAACUUUGAACUUAAGCAGUCUUAUUUCUUCCUUUUCUAACAAAGGUUUCAAUUCCAGAGAAAUGGUUGCUCUCUCAGGUUCUCACACAAUAGGUCAAGCAAGGUGCACUACUUUUCGCAAUCGUCUCUAUAACGAAACUGAUAUAAAUGCUACAUUUGCAACAUCACUUAAAUCGAACUGUCCACAAAGUGGAAGUGACAAUAAUAUCUCUCCAUUAGACACCACAAGCCCAACCACAUUUGACAAUAUUUACUAUAAGAAUUUGCGAAUUCAAAAGGGUCUUCUUCAUUCUGACCAACAACUCUCUAGUGGAGGCUCAACAGACUCUAUAGUUAACACUUAUAGCUCCAAUUCAGCCACUUUCUUCACUGAUUUUGCUAAUGCCAUGGUGAAAAUGGGUAAUCUCAGCCCACUUACUGGCUCAAAUGGUCAAAUCCGCAAAAAUUGCAGAAAAACCAAUUAAGAUUUCGCACAAAAAUGAGAU